AUGGCCCAUUCUCCAGGCACCACUCCAGAUGGUCAGCUCAUUGUCUAUCACGGUGAGCUGUUCUGUCGUGUAGCCAACUGUGAGCGCCGCACGGUGCCCUUCUCUAGCACCCCAAACCUGCGCGCACACCUUCGCCGCCAUGGCACUACUGUAACGCCCACCGCAUCUGGCCGCAUGACCCAGGACAAUAUGGACGCUGUUAUUACUUGGCUCGAGUCUCUAUUCAUCAGUGGGGAGGAGGAAUAA